UGGCUACGGAGGCACACAAAUAAGCACACCUUUCCUACUCCUUUCCGCCCCUUCUCGUUCUCUUUCUGCUUCCCAAAUAACUCCCCUCUCCCAAACUCUCAUCGCCAUCCCUUCAAUCGAACAACAAACGCCCGCUCACGACUCCCUCUCCCUCCCGCCCUAUCCGGUCCCCUCCUCCUCGCCGCUCGACCUCCCGCUCCGACGCGGAUGGGAGACGAGGGCUCCGCCGAGACUCCGGCGACCAGGAAGAGGCCGAGGGACGUCGGGGAUCUGAAGCGGGUGGCGGAGAUCGUCAUGGUCUUGUCGGCCAUGGGCCAGAUGCGGGGCGGCAGGGAGCCCGUGGCGGCCGAGAAGGCGCUGGUCGCUGAGGCGAGGGAGAGGCUCGUCACGAUGUGCGAGGGUCUCAAGCCCAAGGAGCUCUUCUCCAGGGAGGCUGUCAGGGUCGUGGUGGAGGAUCUGGGUCUGAAUAGGUCCAAGGAUCCCGUGCUGGGGUUCCGGCCGCCCAAGAUGUCGAUUGCCGAGAAGUUGCUACUCACCAAGAAAAAGAUGGAAGAGUCCAAGGAAACUCACAUGCGCUCAUCAGUUUAUUCGCUUCAACAUCUUCCAGUAAGCUUCGGUGCAAAAUCUGAAUCACAUGGACCCUUGGCACAUGAUGCUUCUAGGUUUAUGCAGGUUAAAAGUCCGAUGGAGACCUCUGCUGGAGGUUUUCAAAUUUCUUCACCGGUAGCACAUGCUCCUGUCCUAACCUCUGCUGCCUCUUCUUUUAAGCAGUCACAUAUUAGUGAUGUGCAGGCUGUUGUUAAUCCUGUAAAACAACCAUCCGGUUCACUUGAAAGGGGUUCUUCUUCAGCACAUGUUAAAUUGAAUGCAAAACCUGGUGGUCCAUCUUAUCUGACACAAGCUCAAGCAGAAAACAUGCAUCAGAAAAUUCCAAUAUCUUCUGUGCAAUCAACACCUGCUUCUGUGUCAAAGUUUGGCCAAGUAAAUAAAUUUCUGGAUCAUAAUUCUGCAAAGUCUGAGGUUACUACUGGUGUGAAUGCUGUCCAAUCUUCCCAUCAGGUGAUGAGAAGUCAUGAAAUUAAGCCUUCUAUAAUUCAACCUGGACCAGGAGGCCUGCAUAUUGCCCAUCAACCUCCUCAAGGCUUGGGACUUGUUCAUACACCUGCUCUGUUUACGAACCAUAAUGACAUUGCUAAAAGCGUGCUGACAAUAUUGCAAGCAAAGGUUUCUGAUCAUCCAAUUUGGACUCCCCCAUCAACCGAGCACAUGAAUGCUACUAUAAAUUGCCAACUAUGCAAGAACAUUAUCAUUGAUAUAGAUUGUUUGCUCAUCUGUGAUGCUUGUGAGAAAGGAAACCACUUGAAAUGUCUUCAAUCAUAUGGUAAUAAAGGUACUCCUAAAGCAGAAUGGCAUUGUCCGAGAUGCUUGGCAUCAAGUAAUGGAAAGCCAUUGCCACCUAAAUAUGGUCGGGUUACAAGAGCUUCUGUUAGCGCACCAAAGACUGCUGCAAAUGCGAGCGUUCAUGCUUCUUCUAAGAAAACAGAAAGUUUGGACACCAGGGUUAAUGAACAGAAAGCAAUAGCCAAUGACAAUUCUGGUGUUGCUCAACAAGCCUAUUCUUUGAACAUGGAGGACAAUCAUUGCAUGUCAAUUCCAGAUUCAAGGACAACUGGAGGGGAAGUACAAGUGAUUAUGACCAUUAUUGGAAGUAAAAGAGAGGAUGACACACUUAAGGCAAUUGACGUUGAUCCAUUAAAGGAAAUAACCGGGGCUGUAUGUGCCCAUCCAGACAUGCACAGUGAGGAUCUUAACAACAUUGAGGAUAAUAGAUUAUCCUUGGUCGAUGCUAAACCAACCUCCGUGUCUGUUUUGGAGCCAAGUCCUAUGCCAAAAGAUUCCUGUGAGCAUGCACAUGAUAUGGUUGUUGAAAAUAAUAAUUUGUCUGAAGCACCAUUAACACAUGAUUUUGACCAAGUUCAAUUGUCUGGCGAUGUCAAUGCUUCUGCAAUUCAACUGGAUGAAAAUAUCAAAACUGUCAAGUCUGUACCUGAAGCAGCACUUGGUGAAAAGAGAUCACCUGAAUACUUGGAUGGUUGUAGUAAUAGGUUAGCCAAAGAAGGCAGUUGUCAGACCUCUGAUGGUGAUGGAUAUACAAUGAAUCAAAGGGCUCAUUUCAGCACCAGCUGAUGGUGUUGGAUGAUAUUGUUAUAUAUUUUAUCCCCCACGACUGUUUUUUCUUCCAAGUGGUCCUGCAAUUAGGUUAGUCUUUAUAAUGUGCAUUUUCUUUUGUUGCAACUUACAGUAUCAGUUGAAUGUAGGACUACUUCUUGGUAUCUAACUAUGCAUUGCAGAUUCGUUUUGAUAAUUUCUGAUUAGAAGUUAAACUGGUGGAGCAGGAAAAGUUUUAAUUUCGUUUUAUUAUGGGGCAUUGCUGAUUUUAAAAUUGUACAGUUGGUUGCACCAUGGCAGAAUGAACUGUGUAAUUAUGAGUCUGAUUAAUUUGGUGCUGACUCAAGUUUUCCAUAGCUAAGCAGUUUCACAGUCAUGUAUAUGUUGACGUUGGUCCAUGUAGUUGAUCUUUCAUUUAUUAAUUGCAAGGAGAAAAUAAAAUGGACUGUGAAAAAACAUGUGGUUAGUGUGAAACCUAAACAGGGACCUUAGACAAUUAUUGAUUAACAUGUAGUUUUGGUACUGCCUAUAGAUAGAAACCACAAAAGGUUGUAUUUGAGGACAACAAAACUGCAGAAUCAAGAUAGUUGUUGCUCUUUCUUUAAAUACAAGAAAUGAGAUGCUAAAUUUGUUGGCAUUUUGUUGGUGUGAGAGUGGAUGGAGUUCUCUCUCUCUCUCUCUCAAUUCUUUUUCACUUGGCCAGAUCUUUGGGGAAAAAGUAAGACUUGUUGUCAUGUCUUUUGCUUUACCUUUUUUCCUUUUAUUUCUAAUUAAGCAUGUGACAGGGAUACAAGCACAACUGGAACUGUUCAAUACUUUAGAUUCUAUAUGAAGUCUAAUCAAUUAACUUACAGAAAACAGAAUCCACUUGAGGAUUUUGUUUGGAGGUGGAUUUUGUUUGCUUAAUUUUAGUAGAGAAGCAACUUUUUGGUUGAUGGUGAAGUCUGAUAAUGUGCACAAGGCUGGAAGAUGACCAAUUGUCUGCUUUUUACCUUUCCUGCACUUCAAUUGAAACACUUACCUGAUUGAAAGCCCUGGCAUCUGGAGUUUGGGUUCGGUACUAGGGUUCCAGGGCGCAUGCACGUUGCUUAAUGGAUUGGAUCUCAGCAAUGCCCAUCAUGUUCACGUGCCAAUUUCCCUUAAUGUUCAUGUGCAAAUUUCAUGAUGAAUGUUUGGAGAAACCUCACAGGAAUAGACUCGUUGCACAAGAGAAUAUCUAAGUUGCAUCUAGUGGGAUUUCUGUAAAUUAUUUAGCUCACAAACAUUCAUGAUAUUUUUUAAGACAUGUGAACAUAUGCAUCCAUAUGCCAGGACUCUUCCAAUCUCUCGAGUGGCAGUUGCCGAAGUUGAUAUUAUAAGCAAGUUGCCUUAUCGCAAUAUCAUAUAGCAGCACUUGGUGGUAUUCCUUUGAUGUAAAUUGUAUUCUUCCCUAGUAGACUGAAUCAUCAAGAAAGAACUAGUAAAGUGGGCGUCCUGAUGGAGGCUCCUACAGCUAAGUGCAGGACCUGAGGAGGAUCCAUAAAGAAUUAGUGGUGAUUAGCAACUAUUUAACUCAAACUAGGUUUGCUUUGGUUUUUUGAGCAAAAUUGUUGUUGGUCUUCUUUAUUGUGCUUUAACCACUUUGCUUUAGUUGUUCUCCCUUUGUGCUUCAUCCUGUCUUGAGAUGCUUUCUUUCAUCAUUCUUUGCAAGUUUAAUCUCAUGUUUCUAACUAUCAACUUCUCAUUUUUGUUGUGGUGAAACAGGUACUCACGCGAGUCACCAAUUAUGAAGCCAACAAAAUUUGCCAUUUUAUGGUCAUACUGUUCACAACAUCUAUCCUAUAGUUUAGGCACCUUAUUGAUCUCUCUGUAACUUAAUGUUUCUUAACUGGCUAACCUGUUCUAUUUAUUGAAAUCAAAGCCUUCGUCGAAUGGGUGUUGCAGUUGGUUCCUUCAACUGUUGACCUAGGAUGCCCUACUCGUUCCCAUUACAGAAGUGGGUCUGGUCCUUUUGUUGUAGAAUGGCAGGCUGUUGCAAGGAUCUCACUUUGUUUUCAGAGCAUUCAAUUUCAUAAUAGGGAUCGUUGUACCUUUGCAUGAAGCUUUCCAAGUUAUGAUGAACUGGUUAUUAAA